GGGGCGGGGAAGGGGCCGGCGGCCAAUGCGCAAUUGGCUGGUGCUGCUGUGCCCGUGCGCGCUCGGGGUCGCGCUGCACCUCUGGCUGCUGCUCGGCGGCCCCGGGAGGCACCCGGCAGGUCGACACUCCCCCGUCAACUCAGCCUACACUUCUCACUCCGGUCGAGUAUUGGAGUCAACGAGAAAGCGCUUGGUGGUCAAUUUAUUGCGUCUUCACUAGAUGCAAUAAAUCGAUCCCCACUGGAUCAAUCGCUCCAGAGAUCACAUGUAUCAAUGUUCUUGCUUCCUGAAUGGUACAUCAUAGGUCCACUGGCUUUCCUUCCUCAGUGGGAACUGAAACAUUACGAUGUUAUCGUCGGUGUAUUAUCAGCUCGACACAAUCAUGAGCUGCGGAAUGUUAUAAGGAACACUUGGUUCAAGCACUUGAAACAACAUCCAGCUCUGAGCCCUCGUGUCCUUGUGAAGUUUAUAAUAGGUGCACAUGGCUGUGGUGUGCCAGUGGAGGACAGAGAAGAUCCUUACUCCUGCAAACUUCUGAACAUUACUAACCCAGUUUUGAAUCAAGAAAUCGAAGCAUUCAGUCUCCCUGAAGAUACACCUUCAGUGCUUUCUGAAGACCGCAUUGUCAGUGUGAACUUCCGAGUUCUUUACCCCAUCGUCAUUACUAGUCUUGGGGUAUUUUAUGAUGUUACUGGUGUGGGAUUCCAGAGGAAUAUCACUGUAAAACUGUACCAGGCAGAACAGGAGGAAGCUCUCUUCAGUGCUCGCUUUAGCCCACCUAGCUGUGGAGUGCAAGUUAACAGAUUGUGGUACAAACCUGUAGAACAGUUCAUUUUGCCAGAGAGUUUUGAAGGUACUAUUGUGUGGGAAAGCCAGGACCUUCAAGGCCUUGUUUCUAGGAAUCUUCACAAAGUGAUGGUUAAUGAUGGAGGAGGAGUUCUUAGAGUCUCUACGACAGGAGAAGGUUCAUGGCCACAUGAAUUCACAGAAGGUGUGGAAGGAAUAGCAGGAGGCUUUAUUUACACUAUUCAAGAAGGUGGUGAUCUUUUACAAAGCCUUCAUACUCGCCCUGAAAGGUUUGUAAACCACUUAAAAAACCUUGAAGAGGAGGAUGCAUUAUUGAAGGAAGAAAGCGGAGCCUAUGAUGAUAUUGUUUUUGUAGAUGUUGUUGACACCUACAGAAAUGUUCCAGCCAAAUUACUGAACUUCUACCGAUGGACAGUAGAAUCAGCUAACUUUGAUUUGUUGCUGAAGACAGAUGACGACUGUUACAUAAAUUUGGAAGCUGUGUUCAACAGGAUAAUGCACGAAAAACUCGACAGGCCAAAUAUCUGGUGGGGAAAUUUCAGACUAAAUUGGGCCGUUGAUCGGACGGGGAAGUGGCAAGAACUGGAGUAUCCCAGUCCAGCAUACCCUGCCUUUGCCUGUGGGUCUGGUUAUGUUAUCUCCAAAGACAUUGUUCAAUGGUUGGCAAGCAACUCUGAAAGACUCAAGACAUACCAGGGUGAAGAUGUGAGUAUGGGCAUUUGGAUGGCAGCUAUAGGGCCUAAGCGAUAUCAGGACAGCCUCUGGUUGUGUGAGAAGACGUGUGAAAAGGGAAUGCUGUCUUCCCCUCAGUAUUCUCCCCAGGAACUAACAGAGCUCUGGAAAGUGAAGGAAUUACAUGGAGAUCCUUGUAGAUGUGAGGAAAGAUGAUAAAGACAUGUGAAGAUAUACAAUCAGGACUGCUAAGGUGGUGUUUAAUAGUGGAAAUUUUACCUAUAAUGUAAUUAAUAUUUGCCCAUCCUUUUUGAUAAAAAUUGACUGAUACUGUCCAGAGAAGCAUUUCUCUAGGUGAGGUGUUAAUUUGACAAACAAAGUUUGACUUUGUAAAAAAAGGAAAUUAUCUUAAAAGGACUAAAUGUGCACAUAAAGCUCUAGAUUUCUAUUGGGAUGAUGAGAGGUGCAGAACCACUGGUAUCCAUGAGAGUCAGCAGGUGCAAGGUUCCAUGCCAGCAUAUCUAAUUACAGGAUUAAUGUAAUCUGCGAACUGGGGGUGGGGGAGGGAAUAAGGAUGGUAAAGGGUACUUGCUCAUAUGGGGCUAGGAUAGUUAUCUUCUAGGAUUUAUAUUGAGGUUGUGUAUACGUCUUAGUGAUUUGGAUGAGAUUAUGAUGCAAGAUAUCAAACUUUGCUUAUACCAAAACUUGAAUUACAACCAAUAUCAGAAAGAUGCAAAUUCCUUUGAAUCUGGUUAUAACUAUCUAGAUAAAAAGUUUGAGCAACAUACAAACUGCAUAGCUCCACAGUAUGCUGACAAGUUAUUUUGAAUAAAUCCUCCAAUUCAACAGCUUAAUCUUAAUGGUGAUCUUUUUUCCCUAUAGAUGUGUAAAUAGGAUAUAGCAACAAGAUCAGAAUACAGAUCUAAACUUUCCACACUCCUUUCUAGGUACCUCGCUAUAGUGAGUGGUGUUACAAAAACUCUCUCUCCCCCCCCCCCCCGGAAUACUUUUUCCUCUCUUCCUUAAAGCAGAGUUUAAGUGCCCUUACCUAGUGCAACAGCAAUUGUCCUUGUAAUCAAAAUUUGUAAAAGUCACAUGUUCUGAGUAAAAGUGAUUCUUCUAUAGAAAUUCACUGCACAAAACCAUGCUAAUAAUCCAUUUAAUCUGGGAAUUUAAAAGAACCCCUGCAAUUAUGCACCAAUUUUUUUUAUUGAAAAUAUACAUGCAGGAGUUGAAGCAUCAUUUCAAAUAAACUGGGACAGCAGGCUAUGAAAUCCACAUUAAAUAUGUGCAAGAAGAGUGGCACAAAUUGCAGAUGCUCUCAUGGUGUAGCCUGUGGACUCCUCUUCUGAAGUUGCAUUUAAAAAAAAGUUACCACCGUACUAAUAUAGAGUCUCCAUUUUCUAUAGAGUAAAACUGCAAGGGCUUUAGGUCAUUUUCUAGUUCAAUUUCUUUGCCUUCCAUCUAGAAAAAGAAGAAAUUCAGACAGGCUCUUAAUGUACACACUUAAGCAAGUCUUUUGGUAACUUUUUCCCCUGACCAUCUUUCAAGUCUAAAGGAGUUAGAUUCUCACUGACUGCCAGGGCCUGAUCCGACUUUAUACUAUUUUUAGGGCCUUAUCCAACUUCCAUUUAAAGACUGCUGGCCUUUAAGUGAAAUCUGUUUCAUUCUAUAGUAUUUUAGAAUGCAGUGUUGACUUUUUAAAUACAACUUGUAUUACUUACUUUAGAACUUUCAUAGGACAGUUUCAGUUCUGAACCAGGAAUUUUAAGUAGACGAUACAGCAAGCCUUUGACCUUCUGAAUAGUCAUAGAAUCUGUCAAGAAAAAUCAAGUAUUUAAUCAGGCAACCUGAUUAUGUACUUACAUCCUUGCAGCUUUUAAGUUUUACCAGAUCAUAUUGUCAGUCAAAUAUGACUAUUUCUGAAUCAGUUCUAACAUCAGUAGACUGAUAACAUGCUACAACCUAAAAAUAUUUUCAUGCAACAUAGCUUCAUGAUUUAUUUUUCCUUUAAGUGACCUUUAGUAUAGUUUUCAUACCUACCACUCAGAUUUUGGUGUGAUUUCUUUGGCACCAACUUGGUGUCUCAACUUUCGAAGCCAAUGUCAUUGUGGAACAAUUAAUGUAUGUUUCAGGAAUUACAUUAAUUAGUUCCAACCAAACUGCUAGUAGUGUUAUGGAUUUGUUCAUAACAUAGUGCCAAGGUGAUAUUUUUAUAAUGGAACUUUAAGUUUAGUUUGUACAAGAGAGAUUUCCCAUUGUGUGUGCCUGGUAUAGAGUUUUGGCUUUUUUUCAUUCUUUGAAGCUUUAUCUGAAGACACAGCAAUAGUUAUUUCUGUAAUAUCACACAAUGUACGUAGAAAACUAUUUUUCUAUCAAACAUUUUUGUAAAAGUUCUGAUUUUAUGCAACUUGUGAUAAUAAAUGUUUAUUUUAGAAUAAAAA